ACCGUGCACGCAUUUUGCAGACGGCUGCAUGCAACGCGCACAGAGAUCCUUUCCCGCCUGGGCUCCCCUAGCAACCUCCGCGCUCUCCCUCCCAGAUUUAGGGUGGGGCGCAAUCCGCGGGGGAAAAUAGCUGGUGCCCAGGGCUGCGAGGGCUGCGCCGGGCUCGGCUCGCUCCUCCCACCCCGGGCCCGCCAGCCUCCCGCAGGAAGGGGAGGGAGGCGCGCAGAGGACAAGGGCGCGGGGCGGGAGCAUCCCGGGCGCCCCGGCGGGAGAGCCUGACUCGACUCCGGGAGGCCGGCGGCGAGGGUGACCCGGCCACGGGGCGGGGCCGGAGGCGGAGGCGGAGCCCGUGGCGCAGUGCGACCAUGGCCGGCGCGGUGGCCGGGCUGCGAAGCGUGGGGAGCCGGACCGCGAGUGCAGGGCUGAAGUGGAGCCAGACCAGAGUGUUCUCCUCUUGGCUGGACAAAUGGCUUCCAAGAAAGAAGCCUCUGAUUGCUCAGAAAAAACCCAUCAAGGUAGACCUGAAGGCAGGGAAAACAUAUAAAUGGUGUGUAUGUGGUCGAAGCAAGAACCAGCCUUAUUGCGACGGCUCCCACCUCUUCCAGCGAACGGGUCUGUUCCCCCUGAGGUUCAAAGUUGAAGAAAACCGUUCAGUCCUUCUUUGCGCCUGCAAGGCAACCCUGAAGCCCCCAUACUGUGAUGGUACUCACAAGACCGACCGGAUUCAGAAUGCGGAAGAGGGCUCCCCGCUCUGACCAGCAGACCACCAUUGAAGGCCUCGCUUGGGUUUGGGUUGGCAGCAUCUCUUCCAGGCACCUUGGAGGGCUCUCCCAUUCUUGAGGGUCAGAGUGCCUUCCCAACUGGGAGAUCCUGCCAAGACCCUUCUGUUCCUCCACACCUGGGUCUAGACUCUGUGUCUACUUCCUCUGAUGGGAGGCUUUCAGUGUUAUUCCCUGCAUUUGAUCCCUUGACCUGUUGGUUGCAGUGUAAGGGUCCUUGGUCCCCUCCCCUUAGGACCCAGGAACAUGUAUUCAUCCCCAUUAGGCACCAUUAAACGUACCUAGUAAUGUG